AACCAAGCUACCAUAACUCCUUGGACCUCAACUCAUCACAAUGGGCGCGGCCAGGCCUUCCUACGGAAAGCGAGAACCUAAGCAGGAAAAGCUAUCAAGUGAACAACCCGUUCCGCCGAGCCGAUUCCAGCACUUUCUCAGCCCGCUUUUUGGAUGAUCGACCCUAAAAUUGAGAAGAGUGCAAUUCGCCCCAAUUUGACCGACGCCUUGUCCCUGCUGCGCCAGCCGAACCUCACAGGGGGAUUCCGGAGGUGGGGGUGGGGCAACCUCGGGCCCCAAUGGUUUAUUUUGGGUCUCGAUAUUGUUCUCCGCGAACGGGUCUUCUGAGGGGCGAUUCAUGGAUGGUUUGGUAGCUACUUGCGAAUCUGUAUUAGCUAGGUAGUGCUCGAACAUUAACCCUACAGUAAUUCAGUGAUGCAUAAUGGGUGGAGGGACGGGGGGGUGAUGUUGUGGGGGCUGUGGAGUGCCGUACGAGCAGUGGGCAGCCCAUCUAUCCUGCGAGGUGGCUAGGCUGGGAACCCUUUCUGAACCGGGACCACAGCACCGUAUGUAAGCUUGCUGUGAUAGCUCGUCUGGGUGCUGAUCCUAAAAGAGAGGAGAAAGUAGAUCCCGUAUGAUACCCCCCGUAUUAACGUAUCUUAUCCAAAUGAAUCCUUCCUAUACCGUAUUAUCUCAUUCCCACUACCUUCUCCCGCUCUCAGGCUCAGGGCAUAAGUCUCAGAGAAUAGAACAAAAAAAAGAACACCCCUUGGUUCCUUCUCGGUGUAACUACAGCGGAUCAAAGCAGACCGAUCACACGCUCCCCGAAUAUUUCUCCCAAUCACAAACUCUGACUCGAUUCUUUUUAAGUUAUCACCACAUCUUAUCUAUCAUCAUCUCUUGGCAUCAUCGGGCCGUCGCUCCAUCCGUCCUUGCGGCUCAAAAAGAAGGGGAGAAGAAAAAAAUAUUCCCGGAUUUUUUAUCCCCAACCCCUGCAGCACCACCACCAACGUCCCAACCCGCCUCAUGCUCAUCGCUCACCCACUAUAGCUGGACUGCUAACCUUGGCCAACCUUUAGCCAAUGCCCGCCGCCACAAACCGCCGAAAUGUAUCUCCCCAUGUAAUGGAAUAUUCCCGCUCGAUCCCAACUAACAGACACCUAGAUUGUCGGCGUCAACGCUGAAACAGUAACCAAUGUCUCCUCAACCGACUUUCCCGGCCACUGGCCCGGCGAAGACCACUCAUGGAGUGUCAAGCAUUUCCGAAGAGUCCUCCCCCCCCGCGCCCCAUACCUCCCCCGUUACUAAUGCCAGGAAGCAGACAUUCAAAGUUAAAUUCUAUCGCAACACCCCACUCCUCUCCCAGUUCGACCUAAUCCACACCGAUGCCGCAAUCGCAAACACCCUCCGUAGGAUCAUGAUCGCCGAGGUGCCAACACUCGCGAUCGAAAGUGUCUACGUCAGUAACAAUACUUCAAUAAUUCAAGAUGAAGUUCUAGCACACAGAUUGGGCCUCAUUCCGCUGCGCGGGGAUAAAGAUGCGCUUAAGGGGCUGUCUUGGUACCUGCGUAAUCACCCCUCUUUACAAUGUCUUCCCCCAGAAGUUAACAGUAACUGAUGUGUGUGCACGCGAACCAUAGGCGGCGAGGAUGCCACUCCCCGCGAACCAACUGACGAGGACACCAUUGUUCUGCACCUCAAAAAGACCUGUGAGCGCAAUCCCGAUGCGAAAAAGACAGACACGGACCCCGACAAACUCUACAUAAACCACAACGUCUACGCCUCGGACAUGGUCUUCGAACCUGCCGGUCGCCAGAUCAAGUCCUUCGCGCGCGACCCCGUCCGCGCCGCCAAUCCCGACGUCCUCAUUGCGAAACUUCGACCCGGGCAGGAGGUCGAUUUGACCAUGCAUUGCGUUAAGGGGAUCGGCCAGGACCAUGCCAAAUUCUCCCCUGUGGCUACCGCGAGUUACAGGCUUUUGCCGGAUAUCAGGAUCAAGAAACCGAUCCGCGGUAAGGCCGCGGAAAGGUUUGCUGCUUGUUUUCCUAAAGGCGUGAUUGCUGUCCGGGAGGGGAGGGACGGAGAGAAGGAGGCAGUCGUGGAUAAUGCCAGGAAUGACACUGUUUCCCGGGAGGUAUUAAGGCAUGAUGAAUUUAGGGGGAUGGUGGAGUUGGGGAGGGUUAGGGAUCACUUUAUAUGUAGGCUCUUCAGUGUCUUCCGUGAGUGGGAGCGGAUGCUAAUGGAUUGGCUGGGGUGAGCAGUUUCAGUGGAGUCAACCGGACAAUUUGAUGCGGACGAGAUAUUCCUUUCUGCAGUCGGGACGUUAAAAGCAAAGACGAUUAACCUUAAGAGAGAUAUCUACAAGAUGCUGCAAAAGCAAGCACUUGACGCAAAGCGCGCGAGGGAAGCCGAAAACCCGGACGUGGAUGAAGGGGAUGCAAUGGACACUCAAUAAACCCUUAUUCUAUGCUUGCUCUUUAUUUCCUCUUUUUCCUCUAUCAUACCUUACCGGUACAC